CCAGCGCGGGCCUGUGUGUUUCCAAGAAGCAUGAGCGGGCCACUUGCAAACCGCCCUCCGAGAGCAGUCUCGCCUGGACGCGCCGACAGCCCUCUCUCUCGUUGGCUGCGGAGGUUCGCACAUCCUCACCUGACUCUCAGCACUAGCCAUGGCCCAAAAGAAGCCAGUCCGCGAAGGUUGGAGGACCUUUGGCCCGGAAGCAGAUAGCCAUCGAAGCUCUGAACGGCAUUGGCGCCAAUCGAGCGUCAGCGGCAUAUGAUGAGAUGGCCGCCAAGCAUGGACCUGAACUCCAAAGCUUGGCCUUCUCUACAUCCGAGAACAUGCUCGGACGUGAACUACGCAAGCCCUUCGCGAAGCACAAGAUCAGCUGGACGAAGGAGCACCAGGUCAGCAGCGAACCCAACAAGAAGAGUGACGACAUCUACGAGAGCACGGUGAGCUUGCAUGACCCAUGCAUGGCGCGCAGAUGGUGCUCAAUACUGGCGCAGCAGAGGCAGGCGGUCCCCAUCGCGAUCAUUGGCCUCGGCGAGGCAGAUCCGACGCACGCGCGCGCAGUCCUCCAGAUCCCCGUGCCCAGAGUGGGGGCAGGCGCGGGCAAGCCAAAGAAGACAUUCCUCAAGGGGGCAAUCUACCAGUUCGGGCAGGGCGAGGUGACCUGCCAGACCAACAUUGCCACGGUCCAGGCCCUGGCGGAUGACCAAUUGGCAGCCACGCCCCGCGUCACCAUCUACGAGAAGGAUGCCGUGCACGCGAACCCCGACAUCAGCCAGCUUUCACAGGCGCAGUUCUUGGGGGCAACGCCCAUCCUCACACAGCGCGGCAGCCGGGACACCCUAGGUGCCGAUAAGAACACGCGCUACAAGCACGCAAAGAAGCCGGAGGCAAGGAUCGCGCUAGACGACCAGCUCAGGGAGCACUUCACGAAAAUCAUCCACACAAUCAAGCCUGGCGCCAAGCUCCUCGAACCACCAUCGAGAAUGAUGCGAGCUGGAACGGAAGAAGCAGUCACACCGACACGGGAGGGAAGGACCUGGUCAGUUACGUUCGUGGUGGCCAAGGGUGAGGUGCUCGCCUACCUCAAGCUCUCGGGUUUCAAAGGCAUCACGUUCGCCAACUCCUACAGCGGCAAUCCUGAGCAGGCGGAGAAGGACAAGGAGGACACGUUCGUAGUCUGGUUACCGUCGGCCACGGCCACGCUCCACGAAGCCUACGAGAUUGCGCUGAAGUGCGACGGACACCAGGGUGUCAUGCGAAGCGACAAGCGCUCGGUGGGGAUCCGCAUGGCGCGAACGUCCCCCCAGGCAAAGGAGCUGGCCAUCGAAGUCAGCGGCAAUGCGGCGAGCCUUGCGCGCCAAAAAUUCCGCAUCGACCACAUCCCGCCGAACAUGGCAUCCAAUCCACGGAUCCAGACGGUGGCAGCGGACUUGCACUGGCAGUGCGAGGUAGCCAACGUCGGGUACGGCAGCAGGGAGCAGAGCCACUACGCCAUUGUGAAGGCCUACGCCCCGCCUGGUAGCACCUGCUGGCGGGUGGGACAUGGAAAGCAACCUUGGGUCAUCACGGCUAUGGCCGACAAGCCCGAGCUCCAGCAGACCGACGCGGCCCCCACCAUCGUGCUCGCGGACGAGCUCGACAAGGCCAGAGCCCAGAAAAUGCAGCCAACACAGCAGCCCCCAGCGAGUGGCCCAACAGCGGCGGCGGUCGUGGCCACGAAGCACACCAUGGGCGGGCCCACCUGGCUCACCCACCUGCGGCCUGCGGGAGCGCUGCACCAGACGGCAUGCAGGAUUGACAACCUGGACCAGGACAUCACAGCGUUGCGCCAACAGAUCCAGGGCACCACGAUCAACAACGCCGUCCAAAGGCUCCACGCGCUCGACGGCCUCCAGCUGGGCAUCGACGCCAUCAUGAAUAAGCUUGGAGUACGCCCUGGCGGAAGACCAGAGGGAGCUCCAGCAGCCAAGACGCCCAGGACGGAAGAGAACACCCCGCGCUAG